UUACAUUUCCUGUACCGUCUUCUCUCUGUGUCCUGACGGCAAGCUUUUGACUUCAUGAGGCUUUGUGUCUAGAAAAAGAGCAUGUUCAUCUCGUUACGAACGUCUUUUUUGGCGAAGAUACCAAUCUACAAAGGACUUUAACAAAGACGCGGUCCACGUCAGACAGGGUGCUAUCCCGCAUCGAAAGCGGACUAGGCAGGCAAGCACUCGCACUGCUGGAUAUUUGUGGCGGCUAUUAACAACGAAUUAUGAGGAGAGCUGCUUGUCCCGCUGACUGUGUUUAUAAACCUACCGUGGCAUGAAACUGAUAUCGUGAUUGAGAAACUACAUUUGUGCUCAGUCGCUAAUGCAAGGAAAGAUGGGAAACCAACUACUUGGAAUUGUCCUGACGUUGGGGUUUGUUUUAGAGUGUAUCGAGGCCAAGAAAUACUGCUGGUAUUUUGAAGGCGGAUACCCCAUCUACUUCAUAUGUCGCUCCUAUGAAGACUGCUGUGGGACGCGAUGCUGCAUCAGGGCCUUGUCCCUCCAGAGGCUGUGGUACUUCUGGCUGAUGUUGAUGAUGGGCGUGCUCUUCUGCUGCGGUGCCGGAUUUUUCAUUCGCCGACGCAUGUAUCCCUCCCCCCUGAGCGAUGAGCCGGCCUUCAACGUGUCAUUCACCAGGCAGCCAAUCAGCACUCCAGUAUCCCAGCAACCAGGACCUCAGAUGUUUGGUGACCCGGGAGGUUCUGCCACAACGCCAAUAGUCCCCGCCUACUCUGCCACACCUGGCCCCCACAUCAUGAGCUCGUACCCGCCUCCUCCAUCCUAUUGCAACCAUCCACCCCCCUCCUAUGACCAGGUAGUCAACAACACAGAAAAGAAGUAAAAGAAGUAGGACUGAUGGGCACUCACAGCUCCUUGCUCAACAUGUAGGGGGCGCUCUAGGCUCGGCGCGUCCUCUGAAACUCUGAAACUCUGAUCAAACAGAUCCACACCUAAGAGAAGUCAGAUUUGUAUGUGUUUAUGUGUGUGUGUGUGUGUGUGUGUGUGUGUGUGUGUGUGUGUGUGUUCGCGAAAUGCUCAGAAACAGAUCCUGUGUGUGUGUGUGAGAUCAGUGCACUGUCCUCAGGAUCUUAUUCACCUAUUGAUGUUUCUGAGGCCAAAUUACAGCCUGCUCUGAACUAGUGAUGGACCAGACAUGACACAUGGAACAUGGAACAAACUUACCAAGUUGUUGGAGAACUCUAGCAAAUUAACAGAAAAUUGAGUUAACUUUAAUCUCUCUUGUCUUCCUUUUUAAACUGUGCUUGUGUUGUGUUUGUGUUUGUGUGUGUGUGUGUGUGUGUGUGUGUGUGUGUGAGUGUGUGUGUGUGUGUGCGCGUGCGUGUGUGUGCGUGUGAAAGGUAUUGUUCUGCUGAGGAGUCAUUAACCACAGAUACACAGGCGGGUGCCCGGCUUCCUUGAGGCAGAUGGGAAGGAAUGGGUUCCCACGGUAACCGAGUAGGUGCCAUGGGAGCCUCGCCAGUUGGCAUGACGAGGCCUCUAAGCCGCGCAUUUCUCACAAAACAAUGCCUUAAUUUGCAAACACGUACGCCUAUUAUCCUUUCUGUUAUCAAAUGGAUAUUCCCCAUGUUGGUUUGUAAACACAAGGCACUGAUUCAUAAUCUGUUUGCUGUUCAGUCCUUCAGCGUCAUCAUUCCUGGGGCACGUCUAGCAACCAGGUCUGAGAACAGCCAGCAGAGCCUCAGGCUUUUACUUUUACAUUUAUGCAUUUAGGCCAUGAUUUUAUUUCACGUAAUGCAAAGUGUAGAGAAGAUAUACCUUUCCCUCAGUAUGUGUACCACACCUAUAAGUGUACCAAUUAAGUCACAGAGGCUUGUGAUACCCUCCCCAAAACAACAGGCAUCAGAGGCUCCCACUACUAUAAUCUUGGAAAGGCCUGCUGUGCAGAGGCAGCUGUAUGGUUUACACAGUUCAAAGGCACCAUGUCAGGCACAGGCAAUGAAGGGGGCUGCAAAUUGCUUCCGUCGAAGCAUCAGGCCAUCAGCUUCUGUCGAGCGAUUUGCUGCUGGCCUGGCUGUUCCAGAUGAUGCUUUAUGGAGAUGUUAUAUAGAGAUUAGGAAGCACGCUCCACAGGGUGCCUGGUGGCCCGCACAAAAAUCACUCUCCUCCAAACGGUGCCAAUCAGAGCUCACUGGACGCGACUCUGCACCAGCUGUGGUGCUGAUGUGGCAGAUGUACAGCCAGAUUUGCUCCAGAGUCGAUAUCAGUUCCCAUCUCGUGCUGGGAAAUGCGGGAGAAUAACACCAGAGUUAUCUAAGCCAUCAUGUUUGUCCCUGUGCCAUGUUUUCCGUGAAGAAAAGAGAGAAAGGGAGAUUUCAGAGACUUGUUUGUUUGUGACGAUCAAUGACCUCCGGAUGCCAACCAAGGGGACAGGAUAGAUUAAGACGCUGCACUCGUAAAAGUUAUAUUCUUUCCCAAAUAAUGGUGUAUCACUAGAACAGACAUCUGUCAUUCAUAAAAACUGAAACAUUCUGUUUAAUCCAGCCUUUAUGGACUGAUGAUGAGAUGGAACAUUGAAACUUGAAACACGACCAUAGAACAGCAACAUGUCUGACUCUGUGUUUUGGUCACAGUCUAUUUGGUGACUGUGACUGACUCCACCUCUGGAAACACAAAUACUCACACUGUAACAAGGAUCAACAAACGUGAAAUGUCUGUUUUGAAGGUGCUGGAUACUGAGGUUUUAGAAAGAUAAUGCAAUGUGGUCUACUGCUGCUGAACUGCGUAGGCAAAAUAUUUAGUGGUGCAAUGACCCUGAAAUCAAACAUAGUAGUUGCAACAAAUGUUAUCUUCAUCACCCAUGGAACUAACUGACUGAUAAUGGCAUUGAUCUGGGAAAAUGUUUUAUUUACCUGACGCUGAAGAUAAUGUUAUAUAAUACAGCACACUUAUCAUUAUUAUAAUUUCUCUCCCUUGCCUGUUAACAGUGAUACGAUCUGCACUUUUGAAACCUGCAUAUGUAAACACCCAUCUCUGGUGAAUGAAAAGCCCAUUUCCAAAUUGGCUCAUUGUUGGUGUAUAUGUUUUUCUUUUUUAUCCUUGAGUAACUGUGUGGUGGUUGAGUAGCCUUAUUGGAUUCUGUUUUGACAUUGCAGCUAUGAAGAGAUUAUUGCUGUAUAUGGCAUAAUGGAAGCUGUGCGACUGAAUUGUUUCUACAUUGUGUGUAGGGGUCAGGUGAGUCAAAUAUGGAAACCUCCAAAGUAACAGCUAAACAAAUGUGAUGCAACAUCGAAAAUGACUGGAUGUCAAACGCAAGCUUGUGUUGUUUUUUCUGCAGUGCCAGAAUUGUACCCAAUAAAUGCCAGAAUUCAAAUUGAGUCAAAUUUAUGAGGAAAUAAAUGUUUUAUGCUGUGUAAUGUUGUUCUUCAGUUUUGCCAAUAUAUUUCUUUUUUUUUUACAUUUUUAUCUAUGCAACUGACAGACGUAUUUGUAUAGCUACAUGUUUGGUUAAUAUGUUUACCAGCCAUAAUUUGAUUCUACUGUUACAAUGAAUUAAGUUUAAAACAGUUGCUUAGUAACAAAAACAAUAAAGCUUUCCUCCAUAAAA